GGUGUGUGUAUUUUCUUCGUCGCCACGUCGCAUUUGCUUGUUUCAUUUUCGGCAUUUUCACAACGAACACAAGAGCGUAGACCAAAUAAAUCAGGACCGUCUAUUUAUCGCGCAAGUGUUCCCAGCAUCCAGUCAGUUGCAGUAAGUGCUCUUCCUCGGCAAGCAAACAACUCCAGUCGUACAUACUCACUAACAAUCCAUAGCCUACCUGCUUGCUGCUGCUGAAACUGAAGCGCCUCAGCAACGCACAAAACAUUUCCUGAUUUAGUGUUCACAGCCGAAAAAACCUCACAGCAAAAAACAGAAAGAUGGCCCCGCAGCAGCGAAUCCGCAUUGCCAACGAGAAGGCCAGCAAGAACAUCACGAUGCGUGGCAACGUGCCCAAAUCGUCCAAGAACACCGAGGAAAAGUACCCGGUCGGACCGUGGCUGCUGGCCCUGUUCAUCUUUGUCGUGUGCGGCUCGGCGAUAUUCCAGAUCAUUCAGUCGAUUCGCAUAGCAUAAGAGGAGGUGGAGAAGGAGAAGGGCUAACGAGAUCUGCUGCCAGACGCUAACAACAACAACUACAGCAACAACAACACAACCAUCGUCUUGAUCACAAAGGGAACCAAUCGCCGCCCGCCUCCGUUCGUGUACUGUCCCGGAAAAUUUUGUUUUCUUUUUUUUUGUGGUGGAGAAAAGCGCAUAUUGCUUUUUCCACUGUUGUAGUCUUUUUCAUUUGCAUUUGGUUCGAUUUUCCGCUCCCGCAAGUGUGCUACACAACCCCCUUCCCUCUCUCCUUAAUUGUAGCUAAAUCGUGGGGCAAAUCGGAUCGAAUGAGGUGUAAAUGUAACGUUUUUUGCUUUUAAGUGUACGUGUCUCUACGAGGCGUCAUUUCCAAGACCGCUUGAUAUAUAAUGUUUCUUUUUUUGUGUGCGUGUGCGUGCUUUUGUGUGUACGCUUUUCCCAGCCUGUGUUUGUAAAAUAUUGUGAUCGUGACUUUAUAUGUUUUGGAAGUAAAUCUUCCACGCACUGACUGAAACUGUUUAGUUUGCUUUUGCCACCUUUUGUUUUGCUGGUUUGGAUGACGUAGUUGGCCUUGUAGCGGCGCGAUGCGUGAGUGGCAAAACCACGCGAAAUGUCGUCCCGCCUAGCGUACACACCAUAGUUAAUUGCAUCGAAAGUAGGACGGGGUGGUAAGCACCUUCCAAUUCCAGCUAUGCUUUUAUGAUUCUACCCUGUCUAAAACUGUCGGGAGGACUAUGUUUCAUGAUCUUUCGCACAAUACAACACCCCGUACGGUCGGUCGGGUGGCGCGUAUCCGUCAGACGCCACACUCAGUAGACGACGAUGCAGUUUUUCCAAUCUCUAGAACCUUCUGUUUGCACACGUUUUAAGAAAAAAGUGGGAGAUAACAGGUGAGAAACACAUGUGUAUGUGUGUGUGUCUGUGAGUGUGUGGGAAGCGUGCAAUCAAUGAGUGUGUGUAAACAACGCAAAUGCCUCAACCGAUCUGCGCGAUCCUCUCUAGCCUAAAGCGAAUCUAAUCGAAUGCGCAUCGAAGCAGCUUACAAGAUACUUGCGAUACAAGGAGAGAAAGGUGCAGGGAAAGGAGACAGAAAACCACGCUCUAGACACAAGGGGGAGGAGACAGCUGUUUCCGAACCUUCUAAAGACCAAACAAGAAAUGUGUUGCUUUUCUUGACCAACGUGUUAAAACGUUUACGGCCGGCGCGGAGCAAACCCAUGUAUGUUGGGGGGUGGAUAGAGCAUAAAUAAUGAAGAAAAUACUUUAACAAAAAAAUAGUAAAAAGAAACACUCACAACACAAAACAAACAAACAAUGGCCCCCACUCAGACAACUCCAUUCUUAUUUUUUUUGUCUUGCGUAUUCUUUCAAAUGCGGAACGCGGUGCGAAAAACAGUCGCAAAAGGGAAAUUGCAGUAUAUACACAUUAAGUGAAGUGUGGGAAGAAAGAGAGAGAGAGCACUACUUCAACUGACAAAACACUGAUUUGGUGAAAAUUAUAUAUUAUCAAUGUGAAACAAAAUAA